AUGUCUGAGAGGAUCCCAGGAACACUCCUGGCUUAUAUAGAAAGAAAUCCCAAAGAAAUAGUAAAUGUUGUAACCUUAAGAAGUGGGCAAGUGUUGAAAGAUCUCACUCCAAUUCAAAAAGAUAUGAGACAUGAAAAAGAAAGCAGGGAGCAAUUGAAAAGUGGUGUCAAAAAGAAGAAGGAAGAAAACUCGAGAAGCGAGGAACCUGAGGCGAUCAAGCAUAUGACUGCGCUACCUUUUCCCCAAAAGCUAAGUAGAGAAAAGUUGCACAAGCAGUUCGAGAGAUUUCUAGAUAUGCUUGCUUAUGCUAAAUUCUUGAAAGAGAUCCUUACGAAGAAGAGGAAAAUAGAGGAAGCCUCAGUGGUCAAGCUCACAGAGCAUUGCAGCGCAAUAUUGCAAAAUAAACUCCCACAAAAGAAAUUGGAGCAGGAGAUUGGAGAGAUAAGGUAUGCACCCAUAUCUUUGCAGCUGUCAGACCAAACGACUAUAACAUCCGAGGGGAUAGUGGAAGGUGUGUUAGUUCGGGUGGAUAAGUUUGUAUUUCCUGUGGAUUUCAUAGUGGUUAAUAUGGAAGAGAACAAGGAGGUCCCCCUCAUUCUUGAAAGACCUUUCUUGGCGACAGGUAGAGCUAUAUUAGAUAUACAAGAGAGAAAACUCAUUCUUAGAGUGGGUGAGGAAACUGACUUUCAAGAUGGAUGUAACAAAGGGGGCACAAAAGGACAAACCAGCUGUGAGUAUGGAAAAUGA